AUGGACGGCGAGCAGCCGGGCAUGGAAGAGAGCAUGAAUGACGCCCAGGGUCAGGGCCACCCGGGUUUGGCUGCCCCCGGCGGCGGGGCGAUCGGCCCCGUGCCCGGCGUGGCGGGCAGCGCCGGCUUCCCGGUGCCCUUCCUCGUGACAUCACCGCUGGGGCCAGUGGAGGGCGACGUGGCGGCGAUGGUGGCCGCGGCGCCCCCCGCCGUGGAGGCGAUCGACCCGAUGGCCCCCCUGGCGCCGCCCCAUCCACCGCUGGAGACGCCGGGCACAGUCAAGCGGGGCAAAAAACCCCAUGCCGACCAGUCCGGGGCGGGCGCGCCGCCCAAGCGCCAGAGGGCCAAGAAGCCCGCUGACUCGCCUCGCAGGCCCAAGUCGGCGUACAUGUUCUUCCUGGCGGAGUUCCGGCAACAAUGGAAGAAGGACAACCCGGACAGCAAGAAGGUGGCGGACGUGGCCAAGGCGGCGGGCGAGGCCUGGCGCGGGCUGGCCGAGGACCAGAAGGCCAAGUACGAGGUGCAAUCGAGCGAGGACAAGGCCCAAUACGCCACCGCCAUGGAGGCAUACAACCAGGAGCACCCCAAGCCACACCGGCGCGCCAAGAAGGAGCGUGACCCCGCCGAGAUCAAGAAGCCCCAGAGCGCCUACUUCUUCUUCCUCGCGGAUUUCCGCGAUGCCUACAAGAGGGAGCAUCCUGGUGACCAGCCGCAGGUGGCCCUGAUGGGCAAACUGGCAGGCGACAAGUGGAAGUCUAUGACGCCUGAAGAGAGGGCGCCGUAUGAGCAGAUGUCCUCAGCGAGCAAAGAGCAGUACAAGAGGCUGAAGUCCAUGACUCCUGAUCAGAGGAUGGCAGUCGCAGCCACAGUGGCGAUGCAGGCCUUGCCGUCCGCCGGCCCUUCAUCUGUGAUUGGACCUGGAAGCUCCGAGCCGACGCCAACGCCUGCACCACCGCCGCCACCGUACCCCGUUGUUGCAGCCGCCCCCGCCGCUCCGGGCAUCCCUGGCGCUCCUGUCUACCCCAUGCAGGAUGAAGCGAUGCACAUGCAGUCUGCGUAG